UUCAACUCUCUCUCUCUCUCUGUUGAUAUAUAUAUAUAUAUAAAUAUUUAUAUAUAUGGGAACUGAAAGUAUGGAAUUAUUUCUGGAAAACAAGACAAUUUUAGUGACGGGUGCCACUGGGUUUCUUGCAAAACUUUUUGUGGAGAAAAUACUAAGAGUUUCGCCAAAAGUGAAGAGGAUUUAUCUUCUUUUAAGGGCUUCAGAUUCCAACUCCGCAACCCAUCGCAUGCAUACUCAGGUGAUAGGAAAAGAAGUGUUCAGGGUUUUAAGGGAAGAACGAGGCAAAGAUUUUGAUGGUUUCAUAGAGCAAAAAUUAGUAGCAGUUGCUGGAGACAUUUCAUAUGAAGACCUCAGAAUUAAAGAUGUUAAUUUAAGGCAUGAGAUGUGGAAUAAUUUGGACAUUAUUCUCAAUUCUGCUGCAACAACCGAUUUUUAUGAGAGAUAUGACGUUUCUCUGGGAAUUAAUACAAUGGGAGUGGUGCACAUGUUGAACUUUGCCAAGAAAUGUCUCAAACUAAAAGUGUUUCUUCAUGUAUCUACUGCUUAUGUGUGUGGAGAAAUGAAAGGAGUAAUAGAAGAGAAAGCCUUUGAAAUUGGUGAAACACUAAAGAAAAAUAUUAGCUCCAAACUUGAUUUUGAAGUUGAAAAUCAACUUGCCCAACAAAAAUUGUAUCAACUUGAGCAACAACAAGCUUCACAACAAACAAUCACAACCACAAUGAAGGAAUUUGGCAUUCAAAGGGCAAGACUAUUUGGAUGGCCAAAUACAUAUGUAUUUACAAAAGCAAUGGGAGAAAUGUGCUUAGAACAAUCCAAACAUGAUGUUUUCAUCAAUAUCAUACGUCCAACAAUGAUAACCAGCACUUACAAAGAGCCAUUUUCUGGUUGGAUUGAAGGUUUAAGAACCGUUGAUAGCGUUAUUAUUGGAUAUGGCAAAGGCAAGGUAGAUUGCUUCUUGGGAAGUCCCACAGUGGUAAUUGAUAUGAUACCAGCUGACAUGGUGGUAAAUGCAAUUAUUAUGGCCAUACAAGCUCAUGAAAAAAAAUUCUCUGGAAUUAUUUACCAAGUUGGGUCCUCAAUGAGAAAUCCUAUAAAUAUGUCUCGAAUAUAUAAUUUGACCUUUCGUUACUUCACUAAACAUCCAUUGAUCAACAAAGAUGAUCAAAAGUCCAUCAGAGUUGGCAAGUUCACACUUUUCAAACACAUCACUACUUUCCAAAUCUUCAUUGCUAUUCGAUUCAUCUUACCUUUCAAGAUAUGGUACCUGAUAAAUACUAUAGCAAAUCUUGGAUAUAGCAAGGAGAUGCAUAAUAGAAACAUGAGGAAACUUGAGGGUCUAAUGUAUUUGGUACAACUUUACAAAUCAUAUGUUCUCUUCGAGGGCAUAUUUGAUGAUACAAACUUGGAGAGGUUGCAAGAAGAUGCAAAGGAGAAUAACAAUAAUGUGAAAGUAAUUGGAUCAUUUAAUUUUGAUCCAAAGUCUAUUGAUUGGGAAGACUACUUAAUCAACACUCACAUUCCUGGCCUCACAACCUAUGUUUAUAAGUGAUAUAAUUACACGAG